AUGUCUUUCCCAUACGGAUACCGAUCGAGCGCCUAUGAAGACGAGCGACGUCGCGCGUCCUACCAUGGCCAGUCGUACCGACCCAACGAAGACUGGGACAAGGCACGCGACACCGAUCCGGCUCGACAAGAGUCGCGGGAUCUCAGAGACGCGAGGGGGGACCGAGACAACCGGGCGGCGACCACCAGCCCGCGGCCGGCUAGGAGAGAGACCGACUCCCUCCAUCGACUGCAGACAGGUACGAGAACGCCCGCCGACGGGUCGAAGCGAUCUGCGUCGUUAAACAACUCGCCCACCAGCGCCCUCAGCACCCCCACCAGCGCUCGCCCGGUCUUCGCCGAAGCUGCUUCUGAGAGGACGACGAAGUCGAGCACGGUAACCCCGAUUUCCUCCAUCAUGCCGAGCGCCCCGAGAGCCAGCAACCCUGAAGUACAAGAAAUCCUGGAAGCUUUGCAUAAGUGGUCUGAGGCGUCGGGGGAGCUCGCCACCUUAAGGCUGCAGCGGGACAAGGUAGUAAGGGAGGGGUCCUGUAGGCAAGAGGAGCUUAGCAGAGCGAAAAACAAGGUGGACGAUUUCGCUCCCUUUUCCGAAUUCCAACAAAGAUUCGACGAUCGCGACAAGGCCGACUGCGAGGCCAUCGAUAAGAAAAUUCAAGAAUCCAGCCGACGAUACCAAGAGAACCUCGAUCGUGCGAUAUCCCGCCUAUUUUCGCAGGUGACGACGCAAUCGCAAGCAGCCGCCGCGUCUAAAAAUGAAUCGAUAUCCGCCCUCGAGGCCAAGUAUGCCAGCCUACAAAAACAAACUUCCGAGCAGCAAGAGCAGAUAUCUCAGGCUCAGGCUCAGAUCCAGAGCGUGCUAGAUGAGCGUGACAAAUGGAGCAAUGCGUUCCAUGCUCUCAGCAACGAAUUCGAAGUGUUGAAGAAAGAUCACGGCGCUCUCGAGUCUCAGAACAGAGAGCUCCAGCAGCAAUGUACCGCUCUCAAGUUGGCAAAGCAGAUGGCGCCCGGAAUGGAGGAGUUAAAGACCCAGGCCGAAGGUCAAGCUGCCGAUACCAAGGGAGUGCGGGAUGACAUGGCCCGAUUAUCAAGGGAUGUUCAAUCCUUCGCGGCCCAGGCUCACGAUAUCGAGGAUAAGGUGUCUAAGUUCAUGGCCAAGGUUGAGGACCUCGACAUGGAGACGUACAACGAGAUUCUCGAGGCGUGGAUCGACCACGACUUCAAGAACAAGAUCCUGAUAAAUGAGAAGGGCGUAGUCGCCCUACGCCAAGAUCUAAAAUCUCUGCGUGAUGCGGCUGAGACCUGGGCUAACCAGAGUGACGCGCGCUUCCGAGACAUACAACGAAGUCUCGAGGCAGGUCCGAACCCGGGACCCAUCGGAAUAACUUCGGGCGGUUUAAAGCCGGAAGAGAAUCAGCAAAUGCGAACUUAUGUCGAAGAGAAGCUCGAAGGACUCAAAAUCGCUAUGCAGACAACAGUCACCGAAUCAGGCGACGUGUGCGCUGAAAUGGUCGACGAACUAGGCGCCCGUGUGGACAAGCUCGCAGCGGCUAUUGAUGAGGUGGGGCGGUUGAAGGCUGCUUCAGACAAUACCGACAUCGUGGCGCAAAUCAGCUCUUCGGAGCGCAUCACCACGCAGUUGACCGAAGACCUGCGUGGUCUGGAAAACCGGUUUGCGUCGCUCGAGAGUCGGAAGUUGGGCACGAGAAUUGAUGGUAUCGAUCGUGGCCUUGCCAACCUCGCGGCGCAGAUACGAAAUACUCAGCAGAGCAGCGGCGGCAACGGAAUCACCCCUGCUCUCGAUGCUGCGAUUCAAGGUAUCAAGUUCGACCUGGACGACACCAGAAACAGGCUCGAGGCCCUGGAGUUGUCUGUGCGAACAUUGGAUAGUCAAUGGUCGAAUCUUAACUCGAAGCAAAUGGCCGACAGGAUGUUCCAGUAUUUGGAACCGUACGGCCAGCGGAACGAGGUACGGGUUACUAGCGUCGAGAAGGAAGUCUCACGACUGAAAGAUUUGGAACCGUACGCCCAGCGGAACGAGGCACGGGUUACUAGCGUCGAGAAGGAAGUCUCGCGACUGAAAGACAAAGUCGAACACAUCGAGCAGGGCCUCCAGAUUUACCUAAAAGACCCUAACGGACUGGCCGAGUUCAUCAAAAACCUCCAGUCCGACGGGAAAAAACGUAGUUCCCCGGCGCCGCUUCCCGGGGACGACCAGACAAAGAAGCGGAAGAUCGAUGCGACCGUAUAG